AUGUUAUCCACCAAAGCAGCAGUAGUCCUUCUUGUCACUAUCCUUGGGGUAUCAUGUGCCGAUUCCAAAAGACUUAACGGAAGUGCUCAUCCGGGUCUAUCAUCUACCGAAGUACCAGCAAGUAUCCAGCAAGAUAAUCGUCAGUAUCCGGUGACUACUGCACCAUUGAAUGGUCAAGGAGAUGGUCAGCCAACUAAUACUGGGCCAAAAAUUUCUUAUGGGUCCGUGACUGUUCAGAAAGGCAAUACUUAUGCGGUGGAUCCCGCGUCCAUGAACUACUAUGGGUCAAUUACUAACGUAGAUUACGUGCCUUGCGCGUCAUGCAGUCAUACUCCCACGUCAAGUGAUUCGAAGAUUAAAACAGUUCCUGGAACCACAGAUAAUAAAGAUACUGAAGUCAUUCUAAAUCAGCAGAAGAAUCAUGCUGAAGUUAUGAGUGAGAUUGCUUUCUUGAAAGCUGAACUUGAGACAGUUAACAAUUUAAUAACACGGAAUCUUGAAAGAGCUAUCAACAUUCUGAAUUAA